CGCCGCCGACUGCGGCCUCCUAGCCCGCGGGCGGCGGGGGCGGGCGGACGGACCGACGCCGCGACAUGUGACCAUGGACUGCCGGACCAAGGAAAAUCCAGAAAGGACUUUUGACUUGGUACUGAAAGUGAAAUGCCCUGCCUCUGAAAAUGAAGAUCCUGUGGUAUUGUGGAAAUUUCCAGAGGACUUUGGAGACCAGGAAGUGUUGCAGAGUGUGCCAAAGUUCUGUUUCCCCUUUGACGUGGAAAGGGUGUCUCAAAACCAAGUUGGACAGCACUUUACCUUUGUGCUGACAGACAUAGAAAGUAAGCAGAGAUUCGGAUUCUGCAGACUCACAUCAGGAGGCAAAAUUUGUCUAUGCAUCCUGAGUUACCUGCCAUGGUUUGAAGUCUAUUACAAGCUUCUAAAUACUCUGGCAGAUUACUUGGUAAAGGAACUGGAAAAUGAUUUGAAUGAAACUCUCAAGUCACUCUAUAACCACCCAGUACCAAAGGCAAACACUCCUGUCAAUUUAAGUGUGAACCAAGAGAUAUUUAUUGCCAGUGAGCAAGUUCUGAAAGAUCAGCCCUCACUAAUACCGCAUUCCUACUUCAUUACCCCUGAUGUCACUGGACUCCCAACAAUACCAGAGAGUAGAAACCUCACGGAGUAUUUCGUGGCGGUGGACGUGUACAACAUGGUGCACCUGUACGCCUGCAUGCUGCAUGAGAGGCGGGUGGUCAUCACCUCCAGCAAAUUAAGCACUUUAACCGCCUGUGUGCACGGAUCAGCCGCUCUGCUCUACCCCAUGUACUGGCAGCACAUAUAUAUUCCUGUCCUCCCUUCUCACCUGCUGGACUACUGCUGUGCCCCAAUGCCGUACCUGAUUGGCGUUCACUCCAGCCUCUUAGAGAGAGUGAGAAAUAAGUCAUUGGAAGACGUGGUUUUGCUGAAUGUCGACACAAACACGUUCGAAUCCCCAUUUAAUGACUUGAGCAACCUCCCGAGUGAUGUGGUCUCGGCCUUGAAAAAUAAACUGAAGAAGCAGUCCACAGCUACGGGGGACGGAGUGGCCAGGGCCUUCCUCAGGGCUCAGGCGGCUUUGUUUGGAUCCUACAGAGAUGCACUGAGAUACAAACCCGGUGAGCCUGUCACUUUCUGUGAGGAGAGCUUUGUGAAGCACCGCUCCAGUGUGAUGAAGCAGUUCCUGGAAACUGCCGUCAACCUUCAGCUCUUUAAGCAGUUUAUCGAUGGUCGGCUGGCAAAACUAAAUGCAGGAAAGGGCUUCUCUGAUGUAUUUGAAGAAGAGAUCACUUCAGGUGGUUUUUGUGGAGGGAACCCAAGGUCAUACCAGCAGUGGGUGCACACUGUCAAGAAAGGGAGUGCUUUCUUCAACACGGCCGUGACUAGAGCGACCCCUGCUGUACGAACAGCAUACAAAUUUGCAAAAAAUCAUGCAAAACUGGGAUUAAAAGAAGUGAAGAGCAAGCUCAAACACAAGGAGAGUGAGGAGGAGUAUGGGAGCUGUUCUGGUCUGGUACAGUAUACACCGGUGUACACAUCACACAAUGAGAAGGAAGGAGCCCUAGAGAAGCGCAAACUUGCGCAGGUGCGCGCGCGGAGGCCCGACGGCGCCGUGCUGGACGAGGACAUCAUGGAGCGAGCCAGCAAGUAGGCUGUCCUCCGACGACGGCGAGGAGGCCCCGGCCUACUUCUACGAGAGCGACGAGUCGGGGGAGGCCGGG